GUCUAGACCAGCAAGCUCACUGGACUCCAAAAUAUUCAGUAGUGAAGAGCAGCUAGGAGGUGACAACAGUAAAGAUGAAGGCGUUCCUGGUUUUUGCCAUUGUGGCAUUUACUGGCUGCCAAGCCAACCUGUUCUAUGCUGAUGAGCCCAAACCACAGCUGGAGCAACUGAAAGAUGCAUUCUGGGACUAUGUUGCCAAAGCCACACACACUGCAGAAGAUACUCUAAAAACGAUCAGAGAGUCCCAACUUGGACAGGACGUCAGUGCUAGAAUUACAGAAGGUACCACUGCAGCCAGUGAGUACGCAGUCACCCUCCGGAAACAGAUGGACCCCCUGGUCGAGGAAUACAUGGCCAGAAUCACCAAAGAGGCUGAAGUUCUGAAGGAGCGUCUUGAGCUGGACCUGUCCCUCGUCAGAGACAAAGUGGAACCCUAUGCUGAGGAUCUCAAGACCCAGAUUCAACAGAGAGUUGAGGAUCUGAAAGCAGCUGUGGCCCCCUACGCCGACUCCAUUGACACCGAAGGCUUGAGGGCCACCGUGCUUGAGAAAACUGAGAAGCUCAGGGAAAGCCUGGAGGAGAAAGUGAAGGAGCUGCAGUCCCAGAUUGAGCCCUACACAAGUGAUCUUAAAGAGAAAGUGGAUCAGCACAUGGAGGAAUUCAGGAAGACCAUAAAUCCCGUGGCUGAAAAUCUUCAGACCCAGUUUGUGGAGAAAACCCAGAUGGUUCAGCAGAGUCUGGCUCCCUAUGCUGAGGAUCUGAGAGAGAAACUGGAUCCCUAUGCCCAGAAUCUAAAGGAUCAACUUACCUCUCUUUACGAGUCCUUCACCAAGACCAACUGGAGUGGACAGCAAUGCAUUACCUCCUGGACUUUGAGUUUCCAAUACAGCACACGUCACAGUACAGUAUAUAUACUGACUGCUAGGCUGGACUUUCUCACACUACAGGGGUUUGACAGGACACACUCAGGAAGAACCAAAACAAAAACAAUGAAGGUCCUUGUAUUGGUGUUGGCUGUAUUCACAGGCUGCCAAGCCAACCUGAUUUAUGCUGAUGAGCCCAAACCACAGCUGGAACAACUGACAGAUGCAUUCUGGGACUAUGUUGCCAAAGCCACACACACUGCAGAGGGAACUCUGAAAAUGAUUAGAGAGUCUCAACUGGGACAGGAAGUCAAUGCUAGAAUUACUGAUGGUGCGAAUGUGGCCAGUCAGUAUGCAGUCAGCCUCCAGAACCAAAUGAACCCCCUGGCUCAGGAUGUCAUGGUGAAAAUCACCCAGGAGGCUGAAGUCCUGAAGGAGCGCCUUGAGCAGGACCUGUCCAUCGUCAGAGACAAACUGGAGCCCUAUUCUGAGGAGCUCAAGACCCAGAUUCAGCAGAAAGUAGAGGAUCUGAGAGCAGCCGUGGCCCCCUACGCUGACUCCCUUGACUCUGAAGCCAUGAAGGCCAUCGUUCUUCAGAAGACCGAGGAGCUCAAAGGAAGCCUGGAUGAGAAAGUGAAGGAACUGCAGUCCCAGCUUGAGCCCUACACCGAAGAGCUGAGGCAGAAAGUCGAUCAGCACCUGCAGGACUUCCAGAAGACCGUGGCCCCUCUAACUGACGAUCUCCAGGCCAAGGCUGCUGAGAGAGCUGCCAUGGUUCAGCAGAGUCUGGCUCCCUAUGCUGAGGAUCUGAAGGAGAAACUGGAUCCCUAUGCUCAGAACCUGAAGGAUCAGCUUAUUACACUUUACAAUUCCUUCACCAAUACCAACUAAAUACUCCCAAAAGACUUUUAUUUUUAGCCGUUGGACUAUGAUACAUCUGGAAUGUUACCAUCAUUAUGUAACUGUCAUGUAUUUAUGUACUGCUGCUAAGGAGCUGUUUGUUUUUUGCAAAUGUAAGUAAUAUGCAAUACUUGCUUAAACAUGACACUGGUUUUCAUUUCUUGUAUUUAUGCUACAAUAAAACAGCUUGCAAAAUAA